UUGUGACAAUUGUGCGCUAAAGAAAAUCAAGAGAUCGGUACAAUAAAUUGAAAAUGUCUGUGAAAUUCAGCGGUACAAUAACACGAUCUGGCGGACUUAUCGAUGCAAUUAACAAAAAUCUGAGGCAAAUAAAUUUGAAGGCCGUUUCACGGAUUACAAUCAGUUUCGAUCCAUUCAAAGAAAAUGUUAGACAUACCAGAGACUUCCUAUUCUUUUUAUCGUCUCCGAAAGUGACGGCAACCAAUCCCAAUUGUGCCGUCAAAACCAACAUCAUUUGCAACCGUGCACCGUCAACAAUAUCAUUUUCUUUGAUACCAGCGGUACAAGAGACAUCGCAACUCAAACAAAUUAAAAUUGAUGCUGACAAUUUGACUUCGCUGGAACUCCUCCAGAUCUGCAACAAAUAUGUCACGAAAUUAGCUCCGAAGGAGGAAAUAGUGAAUGUCAUCAAAACUAAGUCGGAAAAGAAGGCUGGAGCCAAGAAGAGAUAGAACAUUUGCUACAUUGUCUACAGCGCAGUUAGAGAACGGUUAUUAAUUAGUGCAAGAAAUUGGUCAACAAA